UUAUGUUGACAUUCGCGGAGUUGUUGGUGAUGGGAUGGUUUGAAUGCUAAAAGUGUAAAAAUAUUUAAGAAACUAUAAAUUAUAAUAAUGCCGAAGCUAAAGGUUGUUCCCCCGGCAGGACCCGCUCCUCCUCCUUACACCACGAUUGACUUAAGCCCUGAAACUACGAAAACCAGCUUGGAAAAGAUAGAAUGUGUUCUCAAUGACAAAAUCUACAAACAAAUUAUAGAGGGAUCCGCGAAUUUUAACACUAGAUUAUGCAUAGAGAGGCGUCUCAGGUUACCGUUUAUAGAUACGCAAACCGGCGUUGCUCAAAACCACUGUUCUCUGUUUAUGAACAGGAGGCAAAGAUUGCCAGGCCUGAGUCCUGGGCAGAUCUAUUCUUACCCUCGACAGAGAUGGAGAAAAAAAAGGAGACAGUACCUAACUAUGAGCGCCAGGGUGUAUUCAAGGCACACAGAACUGCUAGAUGGAGAGAGUGAUAUACAUAGUAUCAGCCAGAUUGAAAACCCUGCCUUGCAAGACACUGAUAGUAAAGACAGUCAACUGAUGCCUGGAGAAGUUUCAAAGGAGUGGUUUUAUGAUGAACAAGAUAUGUUGGAAAUGGACCAAUAUGAUGAACCUGAUGCUGAUUCAGAUUUAGACUAUGAGGAAUCUUACCCCAAAAGAAGAAGGGGUAGAAAAGCAUCUGGAAGGGGACGUGGUGGCGCAGACUCUCCUAGUACUCCGGGAAGAAAACGAGGUGCAGGUAGAGGCAGGGGUAAGAAAACUGGUCCCGGUGGUCAUAAUAUUGAACCCACUCCAGGCGACCCGGAUAAACCUUUCGCUUGUGAAAUAUGCGGUGCCAGAUAUAAAACACGUCCGGGACUUACCUACCAUUACCGACACUCGCACAUUGAGGGCGCGACCGACGAGAAUUCGCGGGACAGCGCCGCCCCCUCACCCAUGAACGCUUCUGGUAGCAACAGUAACCAGGGCAGUUCGUCUUUUCCUAGUGCACCGGGUACUCCGGUGGCGGCCGGAGCCGGCUCCGGGGUUGGUCCUUCUGGUGGGGCGGUUCCUAGCGGCGAAGUGGGCGGCGGCGGCAGUGGUACCGCCUCUGCGCAGAUCGCUGUCGCAGGACCAGGUAAUCCGGGACCAGGACAGGUCGUCUAUCAAGACAGUUACGUGUCUUUUUUGAACCAGGCACCGCCGGGUACCCCAAUGCGUCGAGGUCCCCGCCCAGGUAAUGGCCAACCCCCACCCGGCUCACAGCCACCGGGUGGCCCUCCGUUAACCCCAUCCCAACAAAUCCUGCCUCCCAAUCCCGCUCCUCCCACUUUACCACCUAACUUACCCUCUCAACCACCACCGAGCGCAAUCGGAGAAGAUCCUCCCAUGCCCAUACUAAAACCGGAAAAAGUGAUCGAGAUCCCGUUGCAACACGUGCAGAUCCCGCCGUCUCAGGAGCAUCUCCUCGUGAACCCUUCGGUGUCUUCCCCGGUGGUGGCGGAUAGAAAAGUGCCGCCGAGUCCGUAUUGUGACUUUUGUUUAGGCGAUUCGACGCAGAAUAAGAAAACCGGCGGGGUGGAAGAGUUGGUGUCUUGUCACGACUGCGGAAGGUCAGGCCACCCGACAUGCCUACAGUUCACCGAUAACAUGAAGGUUUCAGUCAAGAAGUACAGAUGGCAAUGCAUCGAGUGUAAAUGUUGUUCCGUAUGUGGUACUUCUGAUAAUGACGAUCAACUGCUGUUCUGUGAUGAUUGCGAUCGUGGUUACCAUAUGUACUGUCUGUCCCCGCCGUUGGAAAAUCCGCCGGAAGGUUCAUGGUCCUGUAGGUUAUGCAUCGAACAGUUCCAUCAAAAAUAAAUAAAUUUUUUUAAUUGUACGUUUCUCGGCCUUUUGUAAUUUUAGUUUAGUAUAGACAAUAAUAAUUCUUAAUCCAGUGACGUUUGUCUUCAUACACGCUUCGAGCCAUACCUCACUUCUGUAUUAUUAAUCUUUUUAUUGUAUUAAAUUAUGCACUGAAAUGAUCUAUUUUUCGAUAAUGUUGGUUUUGUUAAUUUUUUAGUUACUUUUAAGACUUAAUUAGGAUAGUAAGGAUAUUUAGAUGUUAGACGAAAUUGUAUAGCCAUAUUAGUUAUGUGUGUAAAAAUUCUAGUAUCUAUAAGCCGUAUUAGUUAUAUAGAUAAAAUUUUUUUCCUAAUUGUAUUCUUGAAAUUUUAAUAAUAGCUUCCGAUUCCGCAAUUUUAUAUUCUAUUUUAUUGUAUAGCUUUUUUAAUACUUUUAUCUUUUAUUUUUUUUUUAACUAUUGGUUUGGUUUUUAAUAAAAACAAGAUUUUGCAUA